AUGGAGGGAGAAAGACCAGCACUGCGCAAGAGCACACGGUUGCAGCGCUUCCUCCGCAACAACUUCUCGCCCGUCGUUCUCUAUCCUUUCAAGGGCAUCUGGUACUUCACGACACACAGAUACCUCCAUCCUUUGCUUCAGAGUCGACUCAUUCCAUUGACGCUAUUAUCAACAUGCGUAUUGGCGAUUCUCUUUCUCACUCUCUACGUGCCGGUGGUGGCCUUCCUUGCACUCUUCCACUACAAAGGUUCCGCCUGGACGAAUGCGACCUUCUUCAUCCUCGGAAUCGGCAGUCUCUUGAUCGCAUUACUGUUCGAAGCGUUGUUCGUCGACCACACGCAGGUCGAUAUCUUCGACGCAGUAUUAGUAGCUGAGGGCUAUGAGAAUCUCGUGCGCAACCGCCGUCCAAUAGGCGACAACAUCGAGGAAGCGGAUCCUUAUCGUCGGCUGGGCAUCCGCGAAAAGGGCGCGACUUAUGCACCAUUCUCGCUUCGUCAGAUCAUCGAGUUCAUCAUCCUUCUGCCUUUGAAUUUUAUACCAUUCGCCGGCGUCCCUCUCUUCCUCCUCGCGACGGGGUACAGAGCAGGUCCAUUCCUGAACUGGCGGUACUUCGCUCUGAAAGGCUUCGACAAGAAGCAGCGCAACGAUUUCAUCAAGACUAAAAAGCGAAAAUGGGAGUACAUGUGGUUCGGUGCGGUGCACAUGCUGCUGCAGCUGAUUCCAGUUCUGAGCAUGUUCUUCCUCCUCACGAUCGCCGUUGGAAGCGCGUUGUGGUCCGUGCAUCUCGAAGAGGAGCCUCAGCGAGGCCAACCUAUCCCGCAAGAAGAGGAUCUACCUCAGACCUACAGCGAUGAUUUUGAAGAUGAUGUCGUCUGA